AUGGCCUCUCCAGUCCUCAAGCAAGGAUUUUUCGUGGUAUUAGUUCUCACUUUGUCUGUCUUCCAGAUGGUGAGCGCUAGCGAUCCAGACAUCUUAACUGAUUUCGUAGUCCCACAGAACGUUACUCCAGAUGGAAACUUCUUCACGUUUACCGGCUUGAGAGCUGUUCUGCCGCUGGAUGCUCCCACAGCUUUCAAACUAACGAAAGUAAGCCAGGCAGAGUUCCCGGCUCUUGAUGGGCAGAGUGUCUCGAUUGCAGUUCUUGAGUACUCGGCCCUCUCACUCAACCCGCUGCACACGCAUCCUCGUGCAUCGGAGCUCCUAUUCCUUAUUCAUGGAUCACUGGAGGUCGGAUUAGUUGACACGACCAACAAGCUCUUCACUCAGACCCUUCAGGCCGGUGACAUGUUCAUAUUUCCGAAAGGACUGGUUCACUACCAGUACAAUGCUAAUGCAACAGAUUACGCAGUAGCCAUUUCCGCAUUUGGCAGUGCAAACGCUGGAACAGUCUCGCUUCCUACAACUUUAUUCUCCACCAACAUCAACAGCAGGAUCUUGGCCAAGUCAUUUAAGACGACCGUUCCCACCAUUCACACCCUCAAACGUGGGCUCAAGCCACCCAUGGCCUAA